AAGAUGAACUAUCCAUCUGUUCUUUUAUUCCUAUUAAUUUCCUCUAUUAACGGCGUGAGAGUGCCGAAGCUUUAUGAGAUUGAUUUGGAUGCUCCACCAAGAGAGAGAUGGAAUAAAGUGGUGGAAGAUCAUCGCGAUCUUAUUCCAGGAUUUGUUAAAGUAGCUCAAUCCUAUGUACCAAAGCAUCUACUACCUAUUGCAUUCUGGAUUGCAGGAGAACUGAACCGCUUCUUUCCAUACGAGUAUGAAGAAGAAAUUCGAGGAAUUGCCAAAGCAUCAGGACUUGCUCUAGGUCAUGUUGUAUCCAUGAACAUUCUCUAUGAUAUCCUAGCCUUUGACCGAAAACAGUAA